GAUUUAGAGAAAGCUCGGAGUUUGAUCCGUGUACAAAAUUUCGAUUUGCGUUUGAAAUUUCAUUGCAGAUCCUGGCAGAUCCACGUUGUGUCCCACACUAACCAAUCACAGAAAGGCUAAUGUCAUGUUUUAACAUUCUUGUAAACUACCCAAUCAGGAACAAGGCUUUCUCCCAUCCUUCAUUAGCAUUGCUGACGCCAUCAGGCUAUAAAAAGCGAGUUCUGAGCCCGCUUUCUCUUAUUCUGUGUUGGAUAUUGAAUGUCGCAAUGGUAGAGGAAAAGAAAGGGCAAGUUGCCAAGAAGGGCGCUAAGAAAGUGGUGAAGAGGGCACCAGCGAAAAGCGGCAAGAAGAGGAGAAGGUCCAGGAAAGAAAGUUACUCGAUCUACAUCUACAAAGUGAUGAAGCAGGUUCACCCCGACACCGGCAUCUCCUCCAAGGCCAUGAGCAUCAUGAACUCGUUCGUCAACGAUAUUUUCGAGCGUAUCGCGGGGGAGGCUUCCCGCCUGGCCCAUUACAACAAGCGCAGCACCAUCAGUUCCCGGGAGAUCCAGACCGCCGUGCGGCUGCUGCUGCCCGGGGAGCUGGCCAAGCACGCCGUGUCGGAGGGUACAAAGGCGGUGACCAAGUACACC